AUGCCUUCUUCAGUUCCUGCCCCCAUCCUUGCGCCAGCUUCAGUCGUGGUCACUGGCGCCAACGGCUUCAUAGGCCAGCAUUGCAUUGCAUCCUUGCUUUCCCACGGCUAUAGCGUGGUUGGGACCGUCCGCUCCGAUUCCAAAGUCACUCAAGUCCUUGCCACCCACGAAAAACACCCCAACCUCUCUGUCGUGGUCGUGGAGGACAUUUGUUCGUCAGCGUCGUAUACGUCCGCCUUGGAGUCCACCUCUCCGGCUGCUAUAUUCCGCCUCGCGGCACCCUUUCACUACAAUGCCACCGACUUUGAGAGUGAGAUGAUGAUCCCCGCCGUGCGCGGUUCUACGGCUGUCCUCGACGCGGCGAAGCAGUUGGGGACCGUCAAGCGCGUCGUGUAUGCGAGCUCCUUUGCGAGCAUCUACGACGCUUCAAAAGACUGGUCGCCCCUGUCGUACGAGGAUGGGGUGAAGGCAUCCGCGGCCGCAGUAGCCUACAGAGCCAGCAAGGCCGCUGGCGAGAGGGCGGCUUGGGGAUGGAUGAAGGAGAAUCCCAGUGUCGGGUUCGGGCUUGUCAGCCUCAACCCGGCCAUGGUGUUCGGUCCCUUACUGCCCGGCGCCAUGCCAGCCUCUCUGUGUGAGCUGAAUACCUCAAACAAAGUCAUCUGGGGUGUCGUCUCUGCAGGAGAGGAUAACGAGGUCCCGCCUACCAAGGGUCCUGUCUGGGUCAGUGUCAAGGACGUCGCUCUCGCCCACAUCCAGGCGCUUCAGGUCCCCGAAGCUAGUGGUCAGCGGUUUCUCCUUGCUGCGGGAGUGUACUGCAACCAAGAAGUUGCCGAUUUGGCACGAGAGGUAGCCACAAAACAUAAAAGUCGGAUACCUGUAGGUCGCCCUGGUGCGAGGGAAGCAGAUACGCACUUUGCGGUAGAUGCCAGCGAGACGGAAAAGAUCUUGCAAAUCAAGUGGCAGAGCCUGCGUAGUGUGUUAGGCGAAGUAUUACCACAGUUGUACGAAAUUGAGCGAAACACUAGGCAGCUAUGA